UCUUUUUUUCCUUCUUUUCCUUUUCUUAUAUAUAUACAUAUAUAUAUAUAUAUUAUCUUCCUUUUACUUAUUCUGUAUUAUUUUUUUUUUGUUUGUGGGGUUUUGAUUCUCGACUUUGAACAUUCGUAUACUGGGUUUCACGCAUAAAAUUCUACUUUAUCUUUCUUUUUAUUCAUAUCGAUAAAUUAUCUAUUCUCAUUCCUAUUACGACCAUACAACAACGUAUCAAUACUUAUGCCAUCUACCGAAACUUCAUCAGAUUGGAAACUGUCAACUUCGGGUACUUAUUGGGUUUAUACUCGUCCUUUGGAGAAGUCGGAUAAUGAUGAUCGCGAUUAUCGUUUGAUCAAGUUGGCAAACAAUGAUUUAGAAGUUUUAUUGGUACAUGACAAGGAUACGGACAAAUCAAGUGCUGCUUUAGAUGUUCAUGUGGGUCAUUUAAGCGAUCCUGUUGAUCUACAAGGCUUAGCCCAUUUUUGUGAACAUCUAUUAUUUAUGGGUACUGAAAAGUAUCCCAAGGAAAAUGAUUAUAAUCAGUAUCUCUCGGAACAUUCUGGAUUCUCGAAUGCAUUUACUGGCGUAGAAGACACUAAUUACUAUUUUGAAGUGGGACACGAAUAUUUGGAAGGCGCUUUGGAUCGAUUUGCUCAAUUCUUUAUAAGUCCUUUAUUUUCGGAUACAUGUACUGAAAGGGAAUUGAAGGCGGUGGAUUCAGAACACAAGAAAAAUCGACAACAAGAUAGUUGGCGUAUGUUUCAAUUAGAAAAGUCUCUUAGCAAUCCAGAUCAUCCUUAUUGUCAUUUUGGUACUGGUAAUUUGGAAACUCUUAGUGAGCAACCCAAACGAUUAGGCAAGGAUAUUAGAGAUGAAUUAUUGAAAUUUCAUGAUGAUUACUAUUCUGCUAAUAUUAUGAAACUAUGUAUCUUUGGUCGAGAAUCAUUGGAUACUUUGACUGAAUGGGCAGUGGACAAAUUCAAUGGUGUUCGCAAUAAAAACAUAUCUCCUCCAAGCUUUGAAGGUCAUCCUUUGACCGAAAAGGAACUGAAGAAGCAAAUCUUUAUCAAACCUGUCAAGGAUGUACGAUCUUUGGAAAUGACUUUUCCAUUCCCUGAUCAACGACCUCUAUAUGAAGUACAGCCCGGUCGUUAUAUUUCUCAUCUGAUUGGUCAUGAAGGAAAAGGAUCCAUUUUGUCACUAUUAAAGAAACAUCGAUGGGCAAAUUACUUACAAGUAGGAACAAUUCAUGGUGGCAUUGGAUUUGAAUUUUUACGUAUAAGUGUGGAUUUGACAGAAGAAGGUUUAGCCAAUUAUGAAAAGGUGGUAUUGGUGAUCUUCAAGUAUAUCGAUCUUCUCAAGAACCAUGGUGUACGGGAAUCCACUUUUCGUGAAGUUCAAUCUUUGGCAUCUUUGGCAUUUCGUUUUAAGGAAAAGUAUCCACCAUCCCAAUACACAUCUCGUCUCGCUGGUUUGAUGCAACAUGGUUAUCCUUCCGAAUAUAUCCUCAGUGGUCCUAGUCUUAUCCGUGAUUAUGAUGCCAAGUCGAUCGAAGAGAAUCUGAAAUGGCUGGGUCCUGAUAAUUUCCGUAUCAUGCUGGCAAGUCAAACUCCACCUAAGGACAUUUCAUUCACCAAACGCGAAAAGUGGUAUGAUACUGAAUACGAGGUGGUGGACUUUAAUCCUUCCUUGAUUGAAACUUUGAAGAACCUUGAAGCUGAUCCUGAACUUCAAUUGCCAGAAGCCAACGCAUUUGUACCUACAAACUUUGAAACUGACAAGAAGGAUGUCAAACAACCAAUCAAGAAACCUGAACUUAUUGCAAACGACUCUCGCCUCCGCUUAUGGCACAAGAAAGAUGACACUUUUUGGGUACCAAGAGCCAAUGUUUGGAUUUUAUUUAGAAGCCCUCUAGCUUAUGCGACACCCUCCAACUGUGUAAAAACAAGAUUAUUUACCGAUAUACUGAAGGACUCUUUGAAUGAAUAUGCUUAUGAUGCUGAAGUUGCAGGUUUAUGUUACAAUAUUGAAAACCAAUUGGAAGGAAUGCUUCUUGCCAUUGGAGGAUACAACGAUAAACUUGCAGUACUUUUGGAAAAAGUGAUCAGAAAAAUGCGCGAUAUUGAAAUCGAUGGAGAAAGAUUCAAACUACUCAAAGAUCAACUUCGUCGCUCUUACAAGAACUUUUCUUUGGAACCACCUUACCAACAUGCACUUUAUUAUUUAUCCUACUUUACACAAGACAAAAUGUGGACAACUGCUGAGAAACUCAAGGAAUUGGAUGCCAUCACUGCUGAAGAUAUACAAGCCUUUUAUCCUACUAUUUUGUCCCAUUUACAUCUGGAAGCAUUAGUCCACGGUAAUGUGAAGAAGGAACAAGCUCAAAUAAUGCUCAAGUCUGUAUUGGAUAUUUUGAACCCCAAGGAACUUUUACCAAGUCAACUUAUUGGACAUAGAAGCUUAAUUCUUCCAGAAGGUACCAAAUGGGUGUAUCAACGUCAAGUAGAAGAUCCAAACAAUGUUAAUUCUGGUAUCGAAUACUUAAUUCAAGUUGGAAAUGUGACUCAAACUAGCCUUCGUGCUCGACUUAGCUUAUUGGCCCAAAUCGCUCAAGAACCUUGUUUUGAUCAACUACGUACAAAGGAACAAUUAGGCUAUUUGGUUUUCAGUGGUGUACGAAAACAAACUGGAUCAAUGGGUAUGCGUUUUAUUAUUCAAAGUGAAAGAGAUACCGUCUACCUGGAAAAUCGUAUUGAAGAUUUCUUGGAAAAACUAAAAGCUCUGGUGGAAAAAAUGUCAACUGAAGAAUAUAAAGCUCAAGUGCAAUCUCUCAUAUUUAAAAAACUUGAAAAGGAUAAGAAUCUUGGUCAAGAAGGUGGAAAAUAUUGGGCUCAUAUUCACUCUGGUUAUUAUGAAUUUGAUCAAGUCGACAAAGAUGUACAGGAACUCAAUAAGAUCACCAAAGAAUCGUUAUUAGAAUUUAUGGACAAAUAUAUCAACCCAUCAUCACCAAAUAUCCGCAAAUUAUCCGUACAUCUUCAAUCUCAAAAGGUACCUCCUACAUCAUCUUACAAGGUCAACAUUGAAUCCCUUCAUACAUGCUUAGUGGCUCAAGGCGUAACUCGACUUAGUAUUGAUGAUCUUCGUGCAGCAGUGGAACGUGGUGAUACUGGAGAAUCAUCUAUUCAAGCCAUUCUACGUGAAAUGUUGAUUGAUGAAACAAAGGCCGAAGAAUCUGAAAUUGAAGCCCUUAUGGCUAAACUAGUAACAGCUAUGCGGAUGACACCCUCAGCAACUGACAGGAACGGUACAGGCAAGGAAAACAACACACCGGAUGAUACAAUCAAUGGUUCCUUUGUGACAGUGGAUAGCAAGAAAACAGCACGACGGUUAUCAUUGAUGAAUGGCGACUCUAUUGAUAUGGAUAGUAGUGGCCAAUCUACUCCCAUUCGUGAUCAUUCUAAACUUCCUGAUGGCAAUAUUGUGAUUCUGGAUUCUGUACAAUUCAAGACCAAGAUGGAAUUGAGCCCUGCCGCGGUGCCUUUGAUUGAUUUUUAGAAAGAAAAAAAAAAUUACAUUCUUAUCAUUAGUCCUCCUUCGUUUUUAUUAUAGUUUAUCUGCUCUCUUUUUAACUGCAUUUUGAUUGUAUUGUCCAC